AUGGACGCGCCGCUGGACGGACAGAAUUCCAUGCACUUUGCCCUCAUCUACCUCGAUGAGAGUGGCAAACUCCGCUUCGAAGCCUCACCUUCUAUCGCAAGCAACUGUCAAACAAUCUUGUCCCCAAACGUAACCGAUUCGUUCCUGCGAGCUGUGGCCCUUUCGAGCAAGGGUGGUUCACCGAAGCUUAUAGGCUCUCCAGGGUCGCAGUCAGAUGAUGCAAGAGGGAAGAGCCCGCUGUCGCCACAGUCACCAAACCAAGACUCGAGUCGCGGGUCAUCGAUGUUUCACGAUGGCAACCCACCCAAAAGAAAGCGGGUUUCUCACGAAUGUGUCGUGCCUAUGAGCAUUAAUUGCCACCAGAAAACCAUGCUUCCUGUACGGAAUCACGCUCUGUUACGGCGGUACUAUGAAAAAGCAUUCGAGAGCCUGCAGCAGAUCAAUUGCCGGAUCCUCGCCAAAGCAUACAUCAAGCUUGUGGAGCCUCGCAAGCAGGUCAACUUUCCUUACAAUGGCCGCAAGAUCAUCGCCGGGGCGUCUCAGCAGUUCGAUCCCGAGUUGACGAAGCCAGCAUGGUGGCCAUCAGGGGUCACUCAUCGUGAGCCUGAUCAUCUUCUCAAACCAGAGAGAAUUCGUCUGCUGGUGCAUAUUCUAUGUGAACUGCGAACCAGCCAUGCCAUUUGCGUCGAAAGGCUCAAGGAAGCCGACCAAUCAAUUAGACGUUCGAUCUCGCCCCAAGAACGCAUGCCGGUCUUGGAUGAAAUCUAUAGCGUGCGAGAGGAGGAGGAAAACUACCUCGAUGGCAGGACCGAUGGUCAAGCAGUCGUCUGCGUGUCCCGGGUACACCUACCCGACAUGGCCGAUGCUCACAGCAUGGGCUCGUCCUCGGGCAGCAUGCUGAAAUCGGACAUCAACCCCGUGUACAGGAGAGAAGUUCCUGACAUGGAAUCUCACACCUCCGUCUUCCCGACCAGCGGUGGCUCCCCGACAAGCGACACUGCAGAGAAACGAAGAAAAGAGAGCAGUAAGCUCAACCACAGCUUGCCGGCCACUUGGGACCACUGCGUUCAGCCCUCACUCCCGCCCCUGACCAACCCCAAGCGAGCCCGCGAGGGCGAGAGCUCAUACCCCGUGGACAUUUCGAAUCCCUCCAUGUUCCAUCAUGACACCCCUACCUCAGUCCCAUUGGACAGUCAGACCUUCCCGCUGAGGUAUUACAGCGAGCCACACCUCAAUCACCACCACAGCCAGUCACAACCGGCCCUUCCCGUGCUAGGACUCUCUGGAACAGAGUUGGGAGGGUGUCCUCAACCAUACUAUUUUAAUUAUUAG